UUAUUAUUUCGAUUUUUUCCUCGAAAGUCCCCAAAGAGAAGUCAAUUUGGACCGUCGAUUGGCCCUUCCCAAGCAAAGGACAUCCAACGGUCAGAUAACAAAGUACGGCAUUCCCAAAAGGCAGUUUACCUUCCUUUGCCCCAGCUUCCCCAAACAGAAAAAUCUAAAGACCAAAGACUAAAAGGGAGAGAAAGUAAGAGAGAAAGAAGCGAUGGAGAAGGAAAGAGAGCAACAAGUUUACUUGGCAAGACUCGCUGAGCAAGCUGAAAGAUAUGACGAGAUGGUUGAGGCCAUGAAGAGUGUUGCUAAGUUGGAUGUUGAACUGACUGUGGAGGAGAGGAAUCUGGUAUCUGUGGGAUAUAAGAAUGUGAUUGGAGCAAGAAGGGCAUCAUGGCGGAUUUUGUCUUCAAUUGAACAAAAGGAGGAGGCCAAGGGUAAUGAACAAAAUGUGAAGAGGAUAAAGGAGUACAGGCACAGGGUUGAAGAAGAGCUUUCAAAGAUCUGCAAUGAUAUAUUAUCUGUCAUUGAUGAUCACCUCAUCCCAUCUUCUGGAUCAGGGGAAUCAUCAGUUUUCUACUAUAAGAUGAAAGGAGAUUAUUAUCGUUAUUUGGCAGAAUUUAAAGCAGGAGAGGAACGCAAAGAAGCUGCUGAUCAGUCGCUUAAGGCUUAUGAGGCUGCCACUUCCACUGCAAGCUCAGAUUUGCCUCCAACUCACCCAAUUAGACUUGGCCUGGCCUUGAACUUCUCUGUUUUCUACUAUGAGAUAUUAAACUCUCCUGAGAGGGCUUGCCAUCUGGCUAAACAAGCAUUUGAUGAGGCUAUCGCAGAGCUUGAUAGCCUUAAUGAGGAAUCCUACAAGGAUAGCACCCUUAUCAUGCAGCUUCUCAGGGAUAAUCUCACCUUAUGGACCUCGGAUCUGCCUGAGGAAGGAGGUGAGCAAUCAAAAGCAGAAGAACUUCCGGCAGAGAGUUAAUUGAAUGGAAGAGUAUUCAAGACUGGGCUUGUGGAGGUUGGAAAGGGCUUGCUGCUAGAGUGACCUGCUUUCAACUCCUAUUACUAGUAGUACCAGGACUUGUAACCUAUGGCUUUUAUCAAUUUGUUCAUCAGAUGUUUUCAAACUUUUACCCUGCGUUCUCUACUGUUUAAGCAUAAUUGAAUCUGUUAUUUUAUAGUCAUGUGACCUCUAUUUUCUUAUG